CCAGUGUCAAUGUCUUCGUGCUGAUACAAAUCAGUUCAUUUCGUGAAGUGAUCGGGUGCAGUUGUGGAUUUUUAAAACUUUUUAGAUUAUUUUAUUUUUGGACUAGUGAAAAAUAUUGGAAAACUAUUUUUAUUCUAUACAAAUAGUGUGAAAGGUGCAGUAAGGACGAUGGCUGGAAAUAUGGAAGAUACCAUGGAAGGGAUAAUUGUUUUUACAGCAAGAGCUGAAAAAGGGAUUGUUUCCUAUGUAUGCCCGCAUACCGGUAUUAGAUACCGUUUCACAAUCGAGGAUGCUACAGGGGUAUCAAGGGCGAAUGUGAUAUAUCCAGGUUUUAGUGACCUGGAGUCACAAAAUUUAAUGCAACUUUCGGAAGGUGUAGGCGAAGAAGCAGGUGCUUGUGCCCUAGUAGUUUUGUCUCCAGAAGUUGGAUUGUCAGAGGAUGAUGAUUGGGUGCCAUCGGGACGCCACUAUAUGCAACCUGCACACCCUUACACUGAGACAGUUUUAGGAGUGCUUCUAAAACUAAGAGUAAGGGGGGAAGAUGGGACUAUGGUGGACAACCGAUGGGUCUAUCAGGAAGAGUCUGAUGGACCUCCUCCGUACUGCUAUGGGGGGCCUAGUAAUCCUGAAGACGAAUUAGUGUGCGUAACGCUGAAGUUACGCGUCACGGAAUAUGGAAGUCGUAGAACCGAGUUUCGUGUGGUUUACGGAGUUGAUGAGUAGAGCUUCGAUAUCCC